AUGCCUUCGCUCUACAGCCUCAACAGUCGGCCUCAUCCAUUCUGGGACUUUGUUGCCAGCCUUGACGAAGACGCCUCCCGCAAUCAACCUUCAAGUCAUACCGAGGACCAACAGAGUAACUCUAGACCAGCCGAAACAUCGCCAAAGGAAAAAGCCUCUGGGAAACAGCCUACCGUCGAAGACGAAGUGACUGCCGAAUCCUCCUCUCAGGAGAAGGGCAAAGCCCCCGAGCCUACCGGUCAAUCUUCUGCCCAAGAUCAGCAGAUGCCAUUCCGGGGUCGAGGACGAUGUGGCGGAGACGGGCCGGCUCGUCGCGGACACCACGAAGGUCGAACAGGGCCAUAUCAUGGGCGGCGAGGAGGACGGGGCGGCUUUGGAGAGCCUCACCAUCAUCAUCCGCCGGGUGAAGGUUUUGAUGGAUUUGGAGACUUCAAUCCGUUCGGUGUGCGUGGUCCUCCCUUUGGUGGCUUCGGCCUCUUUGGCCCACCCCAGCGUGCACAUCCAGCCGCAUGUGGACCACCUGGUACACAUCAGACCCCGCGCUCUCAUGGCCGUCCACAUCACCCGCAUCCACCACACCCGCAUCACAACCACGGGCGCGGCCCCCGUGCUGGCCCCGAUAAUUUCAAUCUAGGCGAAUUUUUGUCCAAUCUGGGCUCUCGCCUAGGCUUCGACCUGACAGGCGCCGCUGAAGGACUCGGCCUCGACCGCCUUGCAGCCGGAAACACCACGCUGCCAGAAGGAGUUGACUUCGAGCCCAGAGCUGAUAUCUUCGACACACCUGCGACAUACAUGGUCCAUCUCUCUCUCCCUGGCGCCAAAAAGGAAGACCUAGGUGUGGACUGGGAUGGCGAGAACAGCACCCUUCGCAUCGGUGGUGUUGUCCAUCGUCCCGGCGUUGAUGAAGAAACCCUCAAACUCCUCGUCGUGGAUGGUCGAAAGAGCGAAGUCGGUGUCUUCGAGAAGAAGAUUCAUCUUGGUACCAAGCGAGACCCUGCCAAUAUUGACAUAGCUGGAAUCACUGCCAGAAUGGCAGAUGGCGUGCUCGUAGUCAAGGUCCCCAAACUUGAAGUCGAACACAAGAAACGAGAGGUUCCUAUUUCAGGAUCUGCAACUCCGUCGCCUGUAAGGGAAGAGAAGCAGAACCUCCAACAACCAGCCGUGGCUCAGCAGGUCGACACACCAGCCAUUGAAAAGGGCAAGAAAGCAGCACCAGCAGAGAUGGAUGUCGACGAUGCACGCUCCGAGACAGAGAAAGGAGAUGAGAUGGACUACGAUGACCCAGCCGAGCAGCUACCAGAAUAUCAAGCGCCAGGACACGAGGCUGAGGCUGAGGCUGAUCACAGCGAGGAGGAAGGCGAGUACGUCAAGAUCGACGUCAAUUAG